AUGAAAAUUUUAAUAUUCUUUCUCUUGACCGUUGCGAACGUAUUCGCCAGACCCAGUGGACUCGGCUUAGGCCUGGGACUGGGAAUCGGUAUAGCCCCAGCUGCUUUAGGAAUCGCUCCACAAGGAAUCGUUCCACAAGGAAUCGCUCCACAAGGUAUUGUUCCACAAGGAAUCGCUCCACAAGGUAUCGUUCCACAAGGUAUUGUUCCACAAGGAAUCGCUCCACAGGGUAUUGUUCCACAAGGAAUCGCUCCACAGGGUAUUGUUCCACAAGGAAUCGCUCCACAGGGUAUUGUUCCACAAGGAAUCGCUCCACAAGGUAUUGUUCCACAAGGAAUCGCUCCUUUGGGAGUUGCUCCACAAGGAAUUACACCAUUGGGAGUGGCUCCGUUAGGGAUAGCGCCACUAGGAGGUGCUAAUAUUGUAUUAGGUCAUGGUUUACUUGGUUAA